AUGACGGCACCACCUGCGAACGUGGGGUCUGGCUGCAGAUCGCUGGCCAAUGAUGAGCUAUCCCAAAGUGAAGGCUCUCACCACAACCGCGUCAAGGCAGAGCCGAACUGCAUCAUCCACGCGUACCCGACGACCUCGCACGACGACGCGCCCAGCCGACAGAUAACAGCCCAGCAGCCGAUCUUGGCCAGCAUGGCCGACGUGGAAGCUUCUUCCGAGGCCGUGGAGCCCCAGAGUCGCCACAUUGUCUACUGCGGCGUGUGCACAUUGCCACCCGAGUACUGCGAGUAUGGAGGAACCGCCAAAAAGUGCCAGGAGUGGCUAGAGAAGAACCACCCAGACUUAUACCAGAGGAUCUGGUCACCAGAAGCUCUCGUGGCUGCCACCGCCGCGCUGUCAGUCGAGGCCCAGAAGCGCGCCGCCAAGGAUGCCCUCAAGAAAACGGCCAAGGCCGAGGCUGCCGAGCAGAAGCACGCCACCUUGCUAGCUAAGAGCAUCGUCACCGUCAAGCGUAUUGAGCGCAACAAGCGCAAGUUUGUCACAUCCGUCUCCGGCUUGGAGGCCUUUGGCCUGGAGCUGAAGAAGGUGGCCAAAGAGUUUGGUAAGAAGUUCGCCACCGGCUCCUCUGUUACGAAGACGCCAAGCGGAGGCGAGGAGAUCGUGGUCCAGGGCGAUGUCAGCGACGAGAUUAAAGACUUUUUGCUGGAGAAGUACAAGGACAUUGCGAAAACCAACAUAGAGCUGGUGGACGACAAGGCGAAGAAGAAGGCAGCGGCAGCGGCAGCUGGCGCCUCAUAG